AUGUUGGGUGCUAGCAGUAGUGGUAAUGGCGGUGUCGCGAAUCCGGAGUUACUUCAGGAGGUCCGUUUGUAUGAGAAUAGCGUAGAACGUGAACGGGUCGACAAUAUGAGCGAAUUAUACGCUGUCUUAAAUGCCUUGGAAUGUUUAGAAAAGGUCUUUAGCCGUGACUGUAUUGCUGCUAAGGAAUAUACUGCGGAAUGUUCGAAGCUUUUGGUGCAGUAUAAGGUAGCACUGAGAUUGGUACAGUGCGAUAUCGAUGAAUUCGUGAAGAAAUACCGCGUGGAGUGUCCAGCAGCGUUGGAAAGAAUUCGUGAAGAUCGACCAAUUACUGUAAAAGAUGAUAAAGGCAAUACAUUGAAAUGUAUCGCGGAAAUUGUAGAAAUGUUCAUCACUUUCUUGGAUCAGCUAAAGUUGAACGUUCGAGCCGUUGAUGAGCUAUUUCCAACAUUGAAUGAACUGAACGUUUCCAUAAGUUCAAUGAUUACAUUGCCGGAUAAUUUCGAUGCUAAGCUCAAGGUGGAACACUGGCACGAUAAGCUGAAAAAUAUGAGCGCAAGUGAGGAAGUAACGGAUGAAAAUGCACGACAAAUGAUUUUCGACCUCGAGACCGCCUAUAAUUCUUUCACUCGUUUCUUACAUAAUUCGUAA